AGAAAUAGCUUGUUUUAUUUGUUAAAGAAAAAAGAAAAUUGACGAGGCAAGUGCUAGUCUUUCCCCCACCGAAAAAUCUUCAAUUUUCGGCAAGCGCAAAAAAAAAUAGCAAGAGAAAAAGCCGUUUGGCUCUGUACCUGCGUGUGUGUGUGUGUUGCGCGCGAGCGAGAGCGCGGUUCAGUCGGUGCGAGAGUUCGCGUUUGUGUCAGUGUGCGUGUGUGCGAAGGGACGCCGCUAAAAAGGCGCAGAAAGAACAAGGAUUUUCUUUAUUUCGCUUGCUAAUUAAAUCUCGGCCAGCAACCAGAUAUGGAGGAAGUUGCAGUUAAGAAGCGCGGCCGGCCCCCAAAGGCAGGAGGCGGCAGCAGCGGCGGCGGAGCACCGGCAGCUGCCGGUGGCGCCAAAAAACGCGGUCGUCCCGCAAAAAAUGCCGGCGGUGGCACUGGCCAGCGUGGUCGUCCACCCAAGGCGCCCAAGAGUCCCAAGAACUUUGACGACGAUGCCGAGGGCAGCGAGAAUGAGGAUUCCGGCGAGGAGGCCGCCGCCUCGCCAACGCCGACAAAGGGCAGAGGCCGCCCCAGGGGCAGCGGGGCCGGAGCUGCAGCCAGUGACGGCGUCAAGACGCCGUCGUCCGCCAAAAAGCGCAAGGCCGGGCGUCCCAAGAAGCAUCAGCCCAGUGACAGUGAGGAAGAUGCAGACAAUGACGACUACGAUGAUGAAGAGGAGCGUCUCCCGGUGGGCCGCCCAGCAACUGGAGCUGUUAACCUGAACAUAUCGCGCAGUGGACGCGGUCAGGGCAGGCCGAAGAAGCAAGCUGUGGCCGAGUGGAAUGGCGAAGGAGAUCCGCCACCGAAGAAGCGUGGACGUCCAGCUCUGAACAAAGGCGGCGGCUCUGGUGGUGCCGCAUAUGUGCCCACCGGUCGUCCACGUGGCCGCCCAAAGGCCAAUGCCAAUCCUGAGAAGGCUGCUAGCGCCGAGGAUAAUGGCGAGGAUGCCGAUGGUGAUGAUGGAUCCCAGGACGAACGACAGCAGCCUAGCUCGCCGGAUAAGACGGCAGUGACUCCGAAGAAGCGUGGACGUCCCGCGCAAAAUGCAAACAAAUCCUCCGGCAGCGAUGGAUCUGUAAAGCGCGGACGACCCGCCAAGGCGGCCUCCAACAAUGACGACGACGAGGAUGAAGACUCUGCCGGCGGAGAGGCGGAGAGUAACAACAAGAAGGGGUCACCUGACGAUAAGGGGGGCUCCCCCAAAGCCGACGGCCUCAAAUGGAAUUCCUCCGAAGGCGAUAACGAUGCCAACGAUUCCGUCGAAUAUGUUUCGGAUGUCUAUCAGGAUGGGGAAUCAGGAGCCGCCUAAAAACUAAUUACACAUUUCCAAUAAAACAAAACAAAUCGAAAGAAGCGAAGCAAAAACAUUUGAAAGAAAUCCAACAAAACAUGAACCAUUUUCUACAAGUAAGAAGCACACACAUACAACACGAGACCACAAACAAACAAAUAUGAAAAUACAGGACAGAACCUGCCCCCCCGAUUCCUGAGGACUCUGGAAUCCUUUCGCCCACCCUCCCCACUGAAUUCCGAAAAAUGCAAAUAAGAUAAAGAUUCGUUUGCAAGGGCUGCAUGGAAAAGGAACAUCCAAAUAUGAAAAGUUUAUGUUUAACUUAACGAUUUCAACUAAAUUACAUUACAUAUACAUGUAUUACAUAUUUAUGUUCGGGAAAGGAUCCAAGAGAAGAGUUUAUACAACAUUUCCACCCCUUUUUCCGAAAUUAUAAUGUGUUUCAUGUAAUUUAUAUUUUGAUUGAGACUAUUUCUUCGAUUCCCUGCAAAUUUAAAUAAACAUUAGACUAAAA